AAUUCUCUGUUCAAUAAGAGACGGAUAAUAUUUUGAUAAAUACCAACGUCAGGUAUAUAAGAAGGAUUUUCCAACAAGAAAAUCAUGUGCUUAUUGCAAACAGUGAAGAUGAAACUUCUCGUGAUUCUACUGAUCUUUCACGUUGCAUUUGCAGCUGGGGCCUUCAGACCUGCAGAUAUCGUGCGCUUUCAGAGGGCAGUAGAAAAAUGUAGAAUCAGUGAGGAUGUUAGUGAUGAAGUACUUGAGCGUGUGUUGAAUGGAGAAAUUGUUGAUGAUCCACAUUUCAACUGCUUUGCUGCUUGUCUCCUUGAAGAAUUCCAAUUGCUAAAGCCAGAUGGUUCAUUCAAUGAUGAAUUGGCUGUAACUAAAAUACCGCAGGACGCUGACUUCGCACAACAGCUGACAGAUGCUAUCAAAACGUGCAGUGCUAGAAGAGAUCCUGAUAAAUGCACAACAGCUCAUUUGCUAUUCGUCUGCAUGUACGAGAACAAUAUUCCAACUCUGCUUUUCGGGUAAGACCAACAAUAUACUGAGCAAAACUCAAUGUCAACAAAUAGUAGCGUAGCUGCUUUGUCCUCCUCAACGGAAAGGAUCAUUAAUCAGUGGCAACGCAAUGGCUCAAUGGAAAAUUCCUCAAUCAAUUAAUCAAUCAAUGCCGAAAAAUGUUUUAAAUUCCAAAAACGUGUACAUUGCCAAAUUAUGAAUGGAAACCUUUUCUGGCAUGGCAACACACACAAUAAAUUAUCCGCCUUUAAAGUUA